AUGGCCUCAUCUUCCGGGGCGCGGCCGACGCCGCCACCCCUGCGGCUGACGUUGAAGAGCUACGACAAGCUGACUCAGGAUCUCCAUGAAGAUCAGAUGGAUAGACGAGCAUGGAGAGGACCUUACGAUGCAACCUUGAUUCGGAGAAAAAGCUCAGCAGAACUCCAGAUUCGCCUCUUUGCAAUCAAGACACGAAUCUACCACAUCUGGACAGGUUCGCGAGGCUUGCAAGGCCUUGUUGCUCGGCUUGGCGCCAGGCUUUGGAGAAACUGCCCCGCAGCUGACAGCCUCGAACAAUUCACUGACGAUCACGUUGUCUUACGAGUCUUCUUUCUGCGAGCCAUGCGCCACUUCCUGUGCAUUGCGUGGCCAUUGCUCUUUGCUGUGGCCCACGCGGUCCGUGUCCCAGAAGAUGUGCAGGAGCUCGCUGCGCAGCACGGCGAGCGCAACGGCGAGCGCAACGGCGAGACCAUGGCCUCCAAAAUCUCCGAAGCUGCGCCUGAGAAAGUGGGAAAGCCGUCGCAGAGUGCAAGCGGCGCCAGCGCUAUGCAGACGUCUUCGGAUGAGGUCCUCUCGAGUCGGAGUCGGCGCGUGUACAACGCCGUACACCGGCGCCGCGGGUCUCGACCUGGCUGGAGGUGA